AUGCCAACAACUUGUGGAUUUCCUAAUUGUCGAUUUCGUUCACGUUAUCGUGGGGCUGAAGACAAUCGACAUUUCUAUCGUGUACCUAAGAAACCAGCAGUUUUACGCAAGAAAUGGCUGGAAGCAAUCGGUAGAACUGAAGAAACUAUUGUUAGUCAGCUACGUGUGUGCAGUGGUCACUUUUAUGGUGGAGAAAAACACGAAGGGGAUGUGCCAGUCGCUGAUCCAUCAAUUGAUGAACCGGUUCGAGUUGAAUUACCGCCAAAGAUACCUCGUAUUCAAUCAACAUUGAACAAAAGAAAUUGUUAUGGUAUUCGUGGCGGUAGUGGUGGUGGAAGUGGCAGUCGAGGAAGAGGAACUCAUCACACUCAAGGAAUACGAAAUAAAAUGUGUUUUUUAAAAUCAGGCAUAUUAAAUUACGUGACAAAACACAAUAAUUGUUUAAACAUGAUGGGAGGAUUGAAACAGAAGCAUAUAACAUUGAAUUCAACAUCAAUGAAUUCUGCACUUAGAAAUGACUGCAAAAUGAGAAAUAAUGAACUAAUUAACAUGAACAAUGUUAAAAACAAUAAUUGUCCGUUAACAUGUUUUAAUGGUUUAUAUCCUGCUCAUAUUUAUGACUAUUUAAAAUCGAUUUCAGCAAAUACUUCCCCAUCUUCUCUCUCGGGGCAAACUAUAAAUAAUAAUAAUAAUAAUAAUAAUAAUAAUAAUAGUACUGUUAACUGCAGUAAUACAGGGAAGAGAUAUCUUUAUGAAACAGAAAAGUAUUUCAGUCCAACUUCUAUCGGUGGAGAUCAAUCUGUGUUGGACAGUUAUUCACAUCAAUUUAGUGAUCGACUUCAAGAUAAAUGUAUACCACAGAUGAAUAAUUCUACAUGCCUAUCUUCUCAAUCGACACCAACAGUUUGUUUAACGAAUCUAAUCCAAAAUGGAGAUGAAAUUAGACAAAAAGCAUACAGUUCAGCAUAUAUUUAUAAUCAACAAUAUUCUGCAUUCUCUCCAAUAUCAAGUAUUGUGCAAAACAGUAAUAUAAACAAUAACAUCAACAGUAAUCUCGCUAGUAACUAUAGUAAUCGAAUGAAGUCUCCAUUAUUUUCGAACAAAGAAGAAUUACGAUUUAACUGUUCAGUAGAUGAUUCAAAUCAGUUCCCUUCAACAGUUUCAUUACCAUAUGAAUCAUAUUUAUCACCAGAGUAUUUUCUGUCAUUAGCUUCAGUUAUGAAUGGUGUUUUAACACAGAAAUUUACUGAAGAUUAUUUGAACUCAUGUAAAUUUCAGCAAUAUAUAACAGGUGGAAAUCAAAAGUAUGUAGAGUGUUCGACUAAUUUAAAGGAUAUUCCUACAAAGAUGAAGACUAAUUUAAAUUUGGACAAUGCAAGAAAUUGUAAAUUGAAUCCUGUAUCGACUUUUCCAUUUAACACUGUGAUUACAACGACUAUUUCUAAAGAUACUUCAUCUGCUGGUGAUUUCAGUGAAGUUAAAAACUUCUCAAUAAAGUCUGAGGAUUUUAUGAGGACUCCAAACUUAUCAAAAGUUAUUACCAAAAAUGAGUUAUAUUCUUCAUGUCAUUAUGAACAAAACAAUGAGGCAGUCAUAAAUGAUAUCUGUAAGAAUAAUACUAAUGAUUCUAAAGUGAUCACUUUUUCGAAGUCUGAUUUUGUGAAUCAAUCAUUACUCUGUUAUCCUUUGGCGUUAAAAGUAGGAAGGGAAGAAGAGAAAUUUGAUAAGCAAGAAGGCGUAUUUUCCUUGAAAUCACCAGUUCAGUAUGUUGUUUUCAUUGGAAUUGAUGAGCUAUCUAUUGAAUCACCUAUUCUCCAUGAUUUAAUGAAUUUGAUAUGUGUUGGAUAUUCAGAGUUAACAAAUCUACCUGAGCAUGUAUGCCAAAAUGUUUCAGAUUUAGUUACCUAUCAGGAAAACCUGUUAUCAAUUGAAUAUUAUCAAUACUUUCCAUCCUUGAAAAAUGUUUAUAUACCUGAGUGUCUGGUUUAUACAACUUGUUGGAGUGAAUUUAUAAAUCUUGGUAUAAAAGUUCACAUUGUACCAAUGGAAUUAGACAUGAACAGAACAGCUGAUUUCAUAAUUGGAAUUAUUCUUGCUCGACACUAUGAUAUCUUGGAUAUAUGUUCAAAUGAAGAAAGUCGAGCUGUUAAGCGACCAGCAUCUUCACCAUCACAGUCUACAAUAAAUCAUUCAGUAAAAACAAACAUGUACUUAAAUUCUAACAAGAAAGGGAUUAUGCAUAAACCUAUAAUGAAUGAUCAAAAAACAGAAAAUAAUGAAUUAACUAAUUCAAUUGUUGAGACAAGCAGUGCUUCAAAUAUACGAAUAGGUUUAAUUGGUUUAGGUCCGCUCAGUCUGGGUGUUAUACGUCGACUAGAGAAAUUCAACUAUACUAUUCGAGUGUUUGAUAUACACUUACCUGAUGGUAUGGAAACUGCUCUAGAUUUGAAAUGCACCGAAAGUCUUGAAGAAAUUGUUUCGCAAUCUGAUUGGAUUAUAAUCAUAAAUGAAACGAGUACUAUAAGUAAUCAGUAUCAUCAGGGUUAUUCUUCACUAACUAUGGAUAAGAUUUUCAAUGAUAAGAUUGUUACUGAAAUUAAAACUGAUGAUCUUAAUAUUCAAAGGCCACCAAAUCUAUUUUGUUUACACAAGAAACUUGGCAAACUUCAAGUACAGUCAACAGAGCUACGUAGAAGUGUAACUCAAUUUUUAAGAAAAGACAUUCUGAGAAGGUCUAUUUUGAAGUCUAACAAGAAUGAAAUAACUGAGAGGAUGGAAACCAGAUGUAAACUGAAACAGUCUUCUUCAUGUUUAUUGGCUGAUUCAAAAAUAGAUUUGGUAUCAAAAAUGCCCAAGAAAUUUACAAACUUCGCGAAAGAAAUAACUUCCAAUGAAAUCAAUAAAUAUCUUACAUUUGGUAUCAAUUCUAUAGUUACACCCAGACAUUUAAAUCCAUGUGAUACGCAACCUGAAGAACUGUGA